CUUUACUAGAUUAUCUUUUCAAAUAUUUAUUUAACUGAAAGCAGUUGUUGCAAACUUUAUUGAUAUUAUCAUAAAAACGGAUUAUACGCGUAAGUGUAAUAAGGCAAAAAUUUGAAAAUUCAAAGCACGUUUGGAAUUUGUUCUGUGCAUGAUACAAAGCGAUGGACACACCGCAAUGGUUAACUGAACAGUAUUUAGAAGAAGUCUUGUACCGUUAUCACGACGCGAAAGCUUUAAAUAUUCUAAAACUAAGCAUAAAUCCAGCGUUGGCUAAAGGCGAGAAUUUCGGCGGUAACUUAAAUAAAGUCAUUAUUCAUUAUCAGUUGAAUGAUAGCAAAGAGAUUGUGAUACGAAAUUUUAUAAUAAAAACUGCCUACGAAAAUGAUGAAUUUGUUGUUGAGAAACUAAAACCAUAUGACAUUUUCAACCGGGAGAUAUCGAUAUACAAAGAAGUGCUACCGAAAUUGAAACUUAUACUAAAGGAAAUCAUCAGUGAUGAUGACGAAAUUUUUACUGAAGUUAUCUUUUCGGACUAUGAACGACAAAUUCUGAUAUUUGAAGACGUAUCCGUGAGAGGUUACACUAUGGCCAGUCGUGUUGAACGUUUGGGCAGCGAUCAUGUAAAAUUGGUCUUAAAAAAGCUGGCCAGGCUGCAUGCUGCUUCGGCAGUUUUAAAUGAAAGGGAAAACAAAAGCCUGGAAAUAUACGAUCGCGGAUUUUUUAAUCAAUAUACCGAUACUUAUAAGACCUAUUUUGUUAGCAACUUAAUGGCUUGUGCGCGAUUUUUAAAUCACUUACCGAAAUAUGCUAAAUACGCUGAAAAGUUGUUUGCUUUGAAAUCGAACUAUAUGAAUAUAGGGCUUAAGUGCUUUAAUCCUUGCGAAAAUCAUGUUAAUGUCCUGGCGCAUGGGGAUAUUUGGACAAAUAAUCUAAUGUUUCGCUACGAUUCAAUAACAGGAAAGCCGGUCGAUGUUCUAAUAAUAGAUUUUCAAUAUGCAUUUUGGGGUUCGCCAACACUCGAUUUGCAUCAUUUCUUCAACACUUCGUUAAAAGAGACAUUGCGUCUUAACCGACUAGAUGAAUAUUUCCAAGAUUAUUACAACCAUUUCGCAGAAACUCUAUUAAAAUUGAAUUACUCUUCGAAAUCUAUACCUAGUCUAAGGGCAUUCUGUUUGGAAGUCGAGCAAAAAAGAUUUUUUGCUUUUCACUCUGCAGUCGUUAUACAACCUGUUAUGAUUAAUGAGGACGCAAACGAGGUUGAUUUUAAACUUGUAUGGGGAGAAGACGAACAUGCAAUUAAUUUUAAAAAUAAUUUAUACAAAAAUGAGGAAGUUCAAAAUGUGUUACGAAAUUUAUUACCAGCUUUUGACAAUAAAGCUAAAGGUUUAGCCAUUUGUUUAAAAGAAACCAUAAACUUUCGGCGGAGAAAAAAAAAGGAAAUAAACAUAAUGGUGGAAAAUUCGGUUUGGCGCCCUUCAAAUUGGGUAACCCAUGCAUAUGUGGAGAAAAUUUUAAAGGAAUAUUUUGAAAGUCCACAAAUACGACUUCUGCAGAUGGAUAUGAAACCGGCCACACUAAACGGUGAAAACUAUGCCAGCGUUAUGAGCCGCAUCUAUGUCAAAUAUGUUACAUCAUCUGAUGAAACAAAGCCCGAAGAAAGGUUUUUGAUUUUGAAAAGUUCAUUUGGAAAUGAUCAUGAUAUAGCAGAAAUGUUUACAGAGUACAAAACCUGCGAAAUAGAAAUGGUUAUGUAUGAAAGAAUUUUACCCAAGUUGUCAGCAUUUUUGGGAACAACCAAGUUCUAUGCACAUACGUUAAAAGUUGAUUAUGAUCACUCGGCCAUACUUUUUGAAGAUCUAAGCGCCAGUCGGGGUUAUGUGUUGGCUGAUCGUUUGAAAGGCUUGGAUGAAAAACAUGUUUUCAUGAUAUUGAAGAAUUUGGCAAAAUUUCAUGCUGCCGCGGCGGUGCUCAACAAAACCACGGAAGGAAGUUUGGAGAAGUUUGAUUAUGGCAUGUUUAAUAAACAUACUGACAAGAAUGCUGCACUAUUUGAACACAUGUUUGAAGUAUGUGCCAAAUAUUCCGGUAGCUGCUCUCAAUUGGGCAAAUACUAUGAGGAGAAAUUAAAAAAAUUAAUACCUUAUAUCGUUGAAAAAGGGCGAGAUGCUUACGAGAGUAAGCCGCACCACUUUUCCACACUUUGUCAUGGAGAUUUGUGGGUUAAUAAUAUGCUAAUUUUAUACAAUAGAGAGGAUAAGACACCAGAGGAUUUGGUCUUCAUUGAUUUCCAAUUAUGUCGAUGGAGUUCACCAGCAAUCGAUUUGCAUUAUUUUUUUAAUACUUCUUUAGAACCCAAAUUGCAUUUAGAUCCUAAUGCUUUGGAUAGAUUUGUACAAUUCUAUCAUUCGAAUUUGGAAGAAAUGCUACGCAAGCUUAAUUAUCGCGAUCACAUACCAAAUUUACGUGAGUUUGUGUUGCAAUUGGAAGAAACUCGAUUUGCAGCUGUUGCAGCCGCCUUGGCUGUACAACCAGUCGUAACAACUGAGCCUGCAGAAGGCGCCGAUUUACAUUGCUUUGUCGACGAUACAGAAAAAGCCCGUACAUUUCGUCAGAAUUUAUAUGGAAAAAAACGUUUGCAGAAUAACGCAAUCAAACUGUUACCAUACUUUGACGCACUUGGUUUAUUAGAUGUUCCCUGUUAAAUCCAAGCCAAUGGAAGACUUGUCUUCUUUUGUUGUGGCUUUAUGCAAAAAUUUUAUUGAUAAAAAAUUAUGAAUAUAAAAUUGUCUUC